UUGCAGCACUGCAAAUUGCAAAAUAUCAAACGUUUCUACUUUCUCUAAAGCGAUGUUUUGCAAUGCUACCGUUUUAAAAGGAGGUUGCUUAUUAACUUAUCCGGAUACUGUUAAACACUUGAAACCGAAACAAACCUUCCCGCGGGCUUCAAUGGCGCCCAAAUCGCUUCUCACCUUCUCUGUCUCCCUAUCUCCAUUUUGUGCUCCGAGUAAACUCGCAAACCCAAACCCUAAUUUUCUCUUCAGAAUUCAUCAUCACCUACCGACUCUCGUUAUCUGCAAAGCCACGAAUUCACAGAGUCAACAACAAAAGCAAAAUUCUGAAGCCCAAUAUUUCUCGUUCUCCGUUGCUGAACCCGAAGGAACUGGUGCGGCUGCACCCACUCGAGGCCAGAUAUUUCUCGAACGCCAGCAAUCCAUAGAGGCAGCUGCACUCGUGCUCGCUUCGAAUAAGAAGAAGAAGAAAAAGGGGAAGAGCUCGAGUGCAGGUCUGAAGCUUUCUCCUGCAAGCGCUAGUUGUUAUGGUUGUGGCGCUCCCUUGCAGACUUCAGAAGUCGAUGCUCCGGGUUAUGUCGAGCCGGAUACUUAUGAAUUGAAGAAGAAACACCGACAGCUUAGAACAGUUCUCUGCGGGAGGUGUCGGCUUUUGUCUCAUGGGCACAUGAUAACUGCUGUUGGUGGACAUGGUGGCUAUUCUGGCGGGAAGCAAUUUAUAUCGGCAGAGGAACUUCGAGAGAAGUUAUCUCACCUUCGCCACGAGAAAGCGCUGAUAGUUAAAUUGGUUGAUAUUGUUGACUUUAAUGGCAGUUUUUUGGCACGUAUACGUGAUCUUGCUGGUGCGAAUCCAAUUAUUCUAGUCAUAACUAAGAUUGACCUCCUUCCUAAAGAGACUGAUCUAAAUUGUAUUGGAGAUUGGGUUGUUGAGGCCACUACUAAGAAGAAGCUUAAUGUUCUCAGCAUCCAUCUGACAAGCUCAAAGUCUUUGGUGGGAAUUGCUGGUGUUGUGUCAGAGAUUCAAAAGGAGAAAAAGGGCCGGGACGUGUACAUUCUGGGAUCAGCUAAUGUUGGAAAAUCUGCAUUCAUCAAUGCUUUACUGAAGAUGAUGGCACAAAAGGAUCCAGUAGCUGCAGUGGCACGGAAAUACAAACCAAUCCAGUCUGCUGUUCCUGGAACUACCUUGGGUCCUAUACAAAUAGAUGCUUUUCUUGGAGGCGGGAAGUUAUUUGACACACCUGGAGUACAUCUCCACCAUAGGCAAGCAGCAGUUGUUCAUUCAGAAGACCUACCUGCCCUUGCUCCUCAAAGUCGUCUCCGGGGUCAAAUAUUCCCUGUAGCUUCCCAAAAGACAAUGUCAUGUGAAACUGAAGCCAGUGAUUUGAAUGGAUUUUCAUUUUUUUGGGGAGGUCUUGUCAGAAUUGAUGUCUUGAAGGUGCAUCCAUCUACACGUUUAACCUUCUAUGGACCCAAGGCAUUGCGGAUUCAUAUGGUACCCACUACUCAAGCAGAUGAAUUUUACCAGCAAGAACUUGGAGUUCUAUUGACACCACCAACUGGGAAACAAAGUGCAGAGAAUUGGGAAGGACUCCAAACAGUGCGUCAGCUGCAAAUAAAUUUUGAAGAUCGAAGGAGACCCGUUUGUGAUGUUGCUAUAUCUGGCCUUGGAUGGGUAACCGUGGACUUCUUCUGUACAAUGCAUGAAGGUUCUAUAUCAGGUAGUGAAGAAAGUGGCGAAAAACUACAGUUGGCCAUUCAUAUCCCCAAGCCAGUUGAGAUCUUUGUUCGUCCUCCUAUGCCGGUUGGCAAGGCUGGAGGAGAGUGGUACGAGUACAGAGAGCUAACGGAGAAGGAGCAGGAAUUAAGGCCCAAAUGGUAUUUCUGAUAUUAGAAUUUUGUGCUUCUCCGGUCUCCACAAUGUAUGAUAAAGUUACAAAGCGCUGCUUCUGUAAUGACAUUCUUUUUUUUUCUCUUAUUGAGAUGUCUGAUUCCUGUUAUUGUUGGUUAAGAAAUCCUUGAUUUGGGUGGUGA